AAUCGACGACGACGGCGGGUUCGUCAGUCGGUCGGAAAGCGUCACGACGCGACGUGGUUCUUCGUGCUCCUCUCGAAGACAACGACAAUAACGACGACGACGACGACGACGACGACGAUAACGACGUGGACCGAUUGCUGUCGCUCGGCACACUCGACGGCGAGAACACGAGAAUGCGAGUCGGCGACGCGCGAUUCGGAUGACGAAGGCCGAGCGUGCGGAUGACAUGUCCGGCGGCGAGGUGCGAAGCGGUGGAAGUUGACGAGGACGAGGAGGACGAAGGCGACAGAUCGUCCUGGGAGACAGGGACAUGUUCCUCGACUCGCGGAGAUGACCGAACGGUGUCCGCGUGGCGGGUGGUCCUAACGUCUCUCUCUAUCUCUCUCGUCCUUAAUUCUUUGCUCGAUCGACGGGAAGCGUUGCCUUAGUCCUGCGGGGGGAUGCGGGCCCGCGGAAUCCUCUACCUCGAAAAUUCGUGAUAUAUCUUUUGUACGUAUCUUCUAAGGACUGCUGUGUGUGAGAGAGAGAGAGAGACCUAGAUGUAAACGCGAUCCUCGCAGGCUUGAGAGAAACGUAGCGACUUGGCUGAAUGAACAAGCUUGGUUGCAAACUCGAUGGUACUGGUCGAUUCUUGUGGAGCAAAGUUAGUUAGCAAGCCAAGAGAGCCUAAUAAGGAGACACGCGAAAAGGAAAUAUUUUUCAAUCAGGAGAGCGUCAUUGCGGGAGCUCCGUUCGCCUGCCGUGAGUUCGGGACAAAAUAUAAUUAAAAGACAGCUGCGCGACGAUUUGCUAACAGCUGCAACAACAUCGCUCCAAGGGGUAGACUGUUAAAGCGGUUCGCGCUGUCGUCCGAGGUGCCAGAGUCGACCGGAGUGGAAGACGCGGGGGUGGCGAGGGAGACGAGGUGGGAGGGUGGUGGUGCGGUCGUCGUAGUCGAUGGUAGUCGUGCCGGUCGGGAGAGCAGCUGCGACGGCAAUAAUCGUAACACUAACAGCAGUUACAGUCGUAGUACGUGCAGCGUGAGUGGUGUCGCCGAUUCUAGUGGUAGUGCCGUCGUUGGUGAUAGUAGUGGUAGUAGCAGCGGUGGUGGUGGUGGUGGUGGCGGUGGUGGUGGUGUCGUCGGUGGACUGUCGUGCAGGGGUGGCUCGUCGCAACUUAUAAUAAAGGGACCGGUGGAGGGCCCGGCGAGCAGCAGCAGCAGCAGCAGCAGCAGGGUGGCCGCGCGAGUGCACCCGAGUUUGGAAACGGGCGCGAGGGGGGUGGACCCCUCGGCACCCUCAGGACCGAGGGGAUGUCCCGCGGCCGACGGCGUGCCCGGUCGCAACGUCGCCGUCGGCGCUACGACGCGGAAUCGCCAGCCGAUGGGCGCCAAUCUCACUAAGCAGAGCAGGAGGGAGGCCACGCAACGAGAUGUGGAACGAGAACGCCGACAGCGAAUGGAGGCUGAAGCUCGGGUACGCGAGGCUACGGCCGAGGCUGAAAGAGCGCGCUCGAGAGUCCAUCAUCUUCAGAGAGAGCUGGCCAGGAUGGAGGAGUCGUCGCGGAGUCUGCUGCAACAGAAGCACCGAGCCGAACAGCUGAAGCAGGAGAAAACGGCGCUCACACUGUCCUACGAGACGCGCGUGCACCAGUACCAGGCGCAGAUAUCGAAGCUGCAGCUGGAGAACGAGUCGAUGCGUGGUCAGCUGCGCGGCCUGGAGGCGGCAUGCGCCGGUGAAGUGCACGCCGCCCUGGUCGCACGCUUGGCGACCCUCGAGACGGAGCACGCGGCCCUGGCGCGGGACGCCGACGCGCAGCGUCGGCAGUACGAGCGGUGCCUGGACGACGUCGCCAACCAGGUGGUCCGCGCUCUCCUAUCGCAAAAGGGUCUCAGGGAAGAAAUAGGUGCGUUGCAGAGACGUAUACGAGAGCUUGAAGCUCAAAAUCGAACGCUGUCGGGACUCUUGGCGCAGGCUGCCAGUCCUGGAAGCCCAACCGAACUUAUCCAAGGAAUCCUCGAAGGUGGUCCAGCUGCCCUAGUCACCGCCUUGGGUCUGGAUCCCUCUUGGGUCCCCCUCUCGAGGCCGCGUUCCCUCAACUUGCAGAUACCCGUGAUGGCAGCCACUAAGUGCCGACGUAACAGACCUCUUGCGCAAAAACCAUCGGAGGAAGAGGGCAGCGAGAGCCCGGAGAGCGGUAAUCGCGACGAGGGCUACUCGACCAUGUCGAGCGACGUCCAGGGCGAGGGUACGCGUCAGGAGCCGUCCGCGCGCGGCCUUGAAGAUCUGAAGGAGGCGACCGACGAGACCGAGGCCGACGUUUCGCCGGACGCGCGUCUCGUCGCUCUCGACACCGGCGACCCGGACGUCCUCUUUCUACCUCUGAAUCUCACCGUUGGCAUUAAUCCGCGCCACAGUUAUCCCCCGACUAAGGAUCUGUUGCCCUAUCAACACGUGAUGCGCAGCUUCUCCGACAGCCACCUCUGUCUCAAACUCACCACCACCACCAAUUUUACGCCGUACAAGCUGCCUAGCCCCAUGGCCUCGUCCUCUCUCCUGCUGGUGGAGGAAGAAGGCUGGGACGCUGAGUACGUGCAACAAUGGCUCAGGCUCGAUGACAGUAGAAGCGCGCAGCAGCACAGGGAUCUGCUUGAAUUGGAGUACGACAGGGCGGAGCUGGAGGAUUGGAGUUUCUCUCUGUCCACGGAGGAUCUCGUUCAAAAUGAAUCCGCAUUGUGGAAGGAGCAGCCAGCUACUACAAACACGCCCGCCCUGCCGGCAAUCAAGGAGCAUAAUCUCCUGGAAUUGGAGGAGGACGCGAACGAGUGUCUAUGGAAUGGCGCGAGCUAUCUCGCUGACAGGACUGGAGGAGAGCUGGUUGCGCUUUUAAUGGACGCAAGAGCGAACGGACCCUGGCCAUAUGCCUCAAGUCCCGGCGCAUCCUGGAGCAGCGAGGAGGGUGCCCUAGAAAACUCGAGUAAGCGUUCAUCAGCGGCGCUUUCCGGCUGCAGUGAUGAUCCCGACACUCCGUCAAUUGGGACGGAUUUCACCAGGGACUUUUACCGGCUAGUAAAGUUUGAAAGUACCAAAAGUCUAGCGAGCACGUCGUCCAGGAGCGGUAGACCACCACCAGACAGGGAACAAGCGCUUCAGAGCGUCCUGUCUUUCAUCGCCGAGCAACAAAUGUACCUCACGGAGUCACCGAACAAUCCCGUAGAACCGCAGAACGUGUCUCACUCGACCGAAGAAGUGGGCUAUAGUAAAAAUGAUUUUACGGGAGAGAUGAAAAUACCAGAGAUAGAAGGAUCGCCCGCUCAAGAAUGCAGUACCGAAAACGCAAUAGAAAUAAGCAGCAACGACGAGUUGCUCGAUCAAAUACAAGUACCACCGUUGGCACCCGAAGAAAGGAUCGUAAGUGCCGUGUCGUGUAACGGCGGAAUCACGUAUACAACAGUAGCUCCGUCGGAAUUAGGAGCUGUUCCUGAGGAGGACGAAGAGGCCGCGACUUCCUCUACGCCUAGUACGGUUGUCAGUCCGGCACGAGCGACGCUUCUUGUGGAGGGUAGGGAUCGAACAUUAAGCUUCCAUGAGCGGGCCACAUCCAAGGACGUUAUAGACGAAUUAAACCGCAUGAUUCGAAAGGGCGAGGAUACUACCGUCGCUCAUAACAUUGUUAACAACGACUCGCAGCUGGAGAAAUUGGAUCUCGCUUGCUGUUGCCCGACAGGAUGGGUUCACGUUGAACGUGAUAUUGACUUCACCGACCCCAAGGCCAGAGCCAAUCUUUUAGACGUGAUGUUAGCUAGCAGCGAAAGUUCCUCAGCGACAUCGAGCAGCGGUUCGGCAGGCAGCGACUCGGGGGAUGAACCACCUGAUUACCGUCACUUACACAGAUUACACCGGUACCGACGGCAAAAGAAAGCGUCGGCGGCCCAGGCACAUCGCGUCCUCCGGUUGCCGUCCACGUGGGGCUCUGCCCGGCCGUCGAUCAUCGGCCGCGGCGAUGACUUCUUUGUGCGCUACGGGGACAAGGAGCGCGAGGCAGUGGCCUCGUUCGACUUCCUCGACGAGUUCGUCGCGGCGACGACGAAGGAGCCUUCUUCCUCGCUCGGAGACUCGGACAACAGCCCUUUCGAUCUAGACGAUGACGCACCAUCAUCUGUCGAUCUCAACAGUGACAUCAUGAAGCUUUCGCCGCUUUAGGGACAACAGCGACGGCGGCGACGGAUCGAUUUUAUAAAACAUGUAGAAUUUUUUGUUUAAACGCGAGCUCUUCCUUGCUAAUGAAACGCAAUGUCUUGAUUCUAUUGAAUAACUCACGAAAUCUAAUUGUUUUAAUCUUUUUUUUUUUUUAAUAUAUAGAUUUAAUAUAAUUUUUAAAUGUAAAAUAUAUAAUUUUAAAUAAAAUCAUAAUUUUAAAUUGCUUUUUUUUUUUUAUUGAAAAAGGAUUAACUUUGGUUGCGUUCAGUAAGAAAAAGCAGCUUUACAACUGUAAAAUUUUUUAAUACGUUUGGUUCUUGCCCUUAGCUCCUGUCGGAUCUAAAUGCAUAAACCAAUUAUAUAAAAGAAUUUUACAACAGUUGCAAAGCUGAACGCAGCCUUUGUAAAUUUAUCAAUGUAUUUAUUUAGUUUGCUCUAUUCUCAUAUUGAUUUUAGUAAAUGAUUUUUAGCAGUUGUGUGAAGAAUUAAGAAGCUUUUCUUAAUAAAUUAAUCAGUAAUUAUUUGCCUUUUAAAAAUAUGUUUGUGAAGGUUUGCUUUUUUUAUAUGCUGCGAUUAUGAUGUAUGUACAGGUAUAACAUAAUUUUUUUUUAUAGAUGUGUAUACAAGUUUUAUUAGUGGUGUCUACUAGGAAGAGUUCCGCGAAUUUACUUAAACGCAACAUCAUCGUCAAAUCAUAUACUUCCUAAUCAUGCCAAUGAUAGCGCAUCAAAAUGGCAAACUACCUGAACGUGUGAUUCUAUCUAUUACGCAAUAAAAGAUAAACAAUUAUUCGCAAACAACGCUGUACUAAUGGACGUUUUUUGUCAAAGAUUGUUUUGUAAUCAUGUGAGAAAUUACGUUAGAUCAAUGUCGCUCGCCAUCCUUUACGACGAAAGAAUGAUUUGUACAUUACCCUACAAUGUCCUCGACGCUGCGGUUCGAGUUUUGGAAUUUUACGGAGUCCUGACGUUUUAUUCCCAACAAUUGGGGAAGUUAAAGUGUCGCGCGUCGGAAAUAGAUUUAUACUUUGAGACAAUAGGCUGUCUUUUGUCUCUUUCUCUGCGAGCUUCCUCUUAUUCAAGAUAUAAAUAACGCACUGUCGUACAGUUGAAAGUAAACGAAAGCGAAAGCUGGUCAAGUAGGAUCGUUAGCACGAGCUGGAUACAACUUCCAUCUAGAUUCGAUCUUAGCUUGUUUUCAACUAAUGUCAGCCUAUGUCAGGUUAAACAAAAACCCGAUAGCUUUCUUUAAUGUAAAACGACAUGAAUCUUGACUUGAACUUUCCGAACUGUACUUUGGUGCGCAAAACAAAAGGAUCUACUAAUGGGUAUGUGUGGAUAAAUAUUAAUCAAAGAAUUAGCGAUAAGAAUAUGUAAACUGUAGUCGACCUGUGACAUUAAAGUAGCGUGUACGACGGACACGGAUCGCUACGAUUGGAAGGCUCUCGUACCGGAGUGAACGCACAAUGGCGACAUAGAUGUAGACUCAUCUUGUAACCUUUUUACGAAUAUUUUGGAUAUUGUAUAUCGCAAUUGCACAAAAAGCAAGAUCUCUGAUAAAUCUUUGGAAAUUAGCAGCAUUCUCUUAUGAAAAUAUUAAAUUUAUAUAUAUUUAUGUAUUAACAUUUAACUGUAAAGUAAUUAAGGAAUGAUUAUAUUUCACUUCUAAAGAUAAUGUAAAUUUAUUAAAAAUGUAAGUUUAUUUUUAAUUUACUUAAAACUUUUAAAAACAUAAAUUAAAAAUUACGAAUUCCAUCAAAUAACUCUAUCAAAGAUCUUGUGUUUGAUUAAAAGAAACAUAAUUUCUCGAGAACGCAUUUCAAACACAUUCUCCACGGAAUAUAAUUAUAAAAUGACUUCGAAACGCAUAACGGCGCGAUCACCUUCCAAAGUGAGCUUAGAGAACGUAGAUUAAAAAGUACUCGUCGAUUUUCUAUGACCCGAUAUUUUAUAUUCCUACCCUUAUCCACUUUCCUUGCCCCCUUUGAUCUUGUUAUCAACGAGCAUUAAGAGCCACGAAUAUCGUUAAAACUGAUUCGGUCCAUGCGUGAUGAACUAUUUUCUUCUGUCCCUAGAGAUAAGAACGAGCCUGUACAUUUUGCUUCCGAACUUUGUAAUAUAGUAGGUUUGUGAUGAAGAGAGAGAGAGAGAGAGAGAGAGAGAGAGAGAGAGCGAGCGAUUUUUUGUGCGUAAAAACACUAACGAUUACUUUGUUGCGUGAACGAAUUCAAGGAGUUACUUUGGCAUAAUUUGUACGAAAUCCGUCGCUCCGGGACGAGCGAAUUUCUGAAUAACGUGAUUUAUGAUCGGAUUUAUAGGCGUAAUAUCAUUAGCGUACGUAAACAUAAAGUAACGAGUCGAUAGGGAUCGAGAUAUUUUACACGUAGAUGUAUACCCACAUGUGACGAGAUUCAAUAUUCGAGAUGGAGAGGCUGCACGGACGUUAAAAGUUGCCCUGCAUUUUCUCGCAUUGCUGCUGUUCUAGUCAAGCAAGUGAGACUAUGAUUUUUUUUUUACAAACUGGAGCUUGGUCAAGUUUAUCUCAAUAUACUGUAUUAUUUCUUAUUAUAAAGCAGGCACAUUGAUUGAUCUUACAAAAAUAUUCUGAACAAUUUGAAAAAUUUGUUCAAGCUACAAAGAUCCAAAUAAUCUCGCAGUUUUUUUAAAUAUAACGUAAACUUUUCUCGAAAAACAUUUUCUGAACAUUUGAGAAGGAUUUUAGGAAUAUAUAAAUUAUGAUUUUGUGAUAUGUGAAUGAUAUUUUAUAUUAUCACGAUCAUAUGUAAGGUAACAUUUUAAUAAAUAAAAUGACGAUUAAUUUUAUACACAUUACUAUUAUUAUUAAAUAAUGAUACAGAUCUAACAUACAGUGAAAAAAUAUUAUUAACAGUUGUGUAAAAAGAACUUUUCCAGUUUUAUCGGCAUGCCGUGCAGAGUUAAUUAAUACCAAUUAGUGAUAAUCUUAAAAGAUUUUCCGUUGCUAUGUAUACUAAUUUCAACCAUAGAGAGGCCGUAAUUUAUUUGACUAUUUAUUUUACUUAAAAUGCAAAACUGAUAGUAAAGAUGUAAAACUCUCUUCUCGAAGAAACAACUUUUGUCCUGCAGCCUAAAAAUAAUAGACUAAUGAUAUAGCUUUAAGAUGUUUGUAAGUUCUACAUUGGGAGCAGCGAUGCCUCCAUUAUUCCCGGUCUCGCAGUAGAAGUCAAACGAUAAUCUCGUGAAAUGAGACUUGCUGAACGACGAUGUACAUAGUAUGUAUUAUAGCUCAACACAAAUGUAAGUUAUCCUUUCUUGAACUUAAUAAAUAACGACAAUAUAUAUGAACGUAAAA